AUGGAUCAAGAAACUAUAGAUACUGAAUAUGAUGUUAUCGUUCUUGGCACUGGUAUCACUGAAUGUAUUCUUUCAGGGUUAUUAUCAGUAGAUGGUAAGAAAGUUUUACAUAUUGAUAAACAAGAUCAUUAUGGUGGUGAAUCUGCUUCCGUUACAUUAUCUCAAUUAUAUGAUAAGUUCAAAAAGAGUCCAAUCUCUAAAGAAGAUAGAGAAGCUAAAUUUGGUAAAGAUAGAGAUUGGAAUGUGGAUUUAAUUCCUAAAUUUUUGAUGGUUAAUGGUGAACUGACUAACAUUUUGGUUCAUACAGAUGUUACCAGAUACGUGGAUUUUAAACAAGUUACUGGUUCCUAUGUGUUUAAACAAGGAAAGAUUUAUAAAGUUCCAGCUAAUGAAUAUGAAGCCAUUUCAUCACCAUUGAUGGGUAUUUUUGAAAAACGUAGAAUGAAAAAGUUUUUAGAAUGGAUUAGCUCAUAUAAAGAAGAUGAACUUAAUACUCAUCAAGGUCUUGAUCUCGACAAGAAUACAAUGGAAGAAGUUUAUGCUAAAUUUGGACUUGGGAAUUCCACUAAGGAAUUUAUCGGUCAUGCAAUGGCUCUAUGGACCAAUGAUGAAUAUUUACAACAAAUUGCAAGACCUUCAUUUGAAAGAAUUUUGUUAUAUUGCCAGAGUGUUGCUCGUUAUGGGAAAUCACCAUACUUAUACCCAAUGUAUGGGUUAGGAGAAUUACCUCAAGGGUUUGCCAGAUUAUCAGCCAUUUAUGGUGGUACAUAUAUGUUAGAUACCCCAAUUGAAGAAGUCUUGUAUGAUGGUGAAGCUGAAUCCAAGAAGUUUAAAGGUGUAAAGACUAAGUUGGGAACCUUCACAGCUCCUUUAGUGAUCGCUGAUCCAACUUAUUUCCCAGAUAAAUGUAAAUCAACAGGACAGAAAGUUAUUAGAGCCAUUUGUGUUUUGAAUCAUCCAAUACCAGGAGCAGGUGAUUCUGAUUCUUUACAAAUUAUUAUUCCACAAAGUCAAGUUAAUAGAAAGAAUGAUAUCUAUAUCGCUGUAGUAUCAGCUGCUCAUAAUGUUUGUUCAAAGGGUCAUUAUUUGGCCAUUAUUUCCACCAUUGUGGAAACUAGUCAACCUCACGUGGAGUUAGAAUCAGCUUUCAAAUUGUUGGGACCAAUUGAAGAAAAGUUCAUGGGUAUUGCAGAAAUAUUUGAACCAAAGGAAGAUGGUUCUAAAGAUAAUAUCUUUUUAUCUAGAUCAUAUGAUGCAUCUUCUCAUUUCGAAUCUAUGACAGACGAUGUCAAAGAUAUAUAUUUUAGAGUUACUGGCCAUCCAUUAGUCUUGAAACAAAGAGAAGACAGUUUACAAGCAACUACUUAA